AUGAAAUUUAAAUUAAUAACAACAUUAUUAAUUAUAUCGUUAAGCGGAUACGGCAAAUCGGCUUUAUUCGAAAGUGAUUCUUGUUACUCUUUUGGUAGUGGAAAUGUAUUUCCCGGAGGAGCAAGAAAAAUUGAUCACAAAUUGCAAUUUACCAAAGCAAUGAUUUCAAAGCCGGCUCCCGAGUGGGAGGCAACUGCAGUAAUAAAUGGAGAAAUAAAGCAAUUAUCACUCUCAAGUUUUAAAGGAAAAUAUUUGGUAUUUUUCUUUUAUCCUCUGGAUUUCACUUUUGUUUGUCCUACAGAGAUUUUAGCAUUUUCUGAAAGGAUUGAAGAAUUCAAAAAAAUUAAUACAGAAGUAGUUGCUUGUUCUGUUGAUUCUCAUUUCACUCAUCUUGCAUGGAUUAAUACACCACGGAAGGAAGGUGGAUUAGGAAAAAUUAAAAUACCACUUCUUAGUGACUUGACACAUUCCAUUGCAAAAGACUAUGGAGUUUAUUUAGAAGAUGUGGGACACACACUGAGAGGACUAUUUAUUAUUGAUGACAAAGGUAUUUUGAGGCAGAUCACAAUGAAUGAUUUACCUGUUGGACGUUCAGUGGAUGAAACUUUAAGAUUAGUUCAAGCAUUCCAAUACACAGAUCAACAUGGAGAAGUAUGUCCAGCAGGCUGGAAGCCAGGGCAAGACACGAUUAUUCCAAAUCCAGAUGAAAAGAAAAAAUAUUUUGAGAAAGUAGCAAGAAAUGAUUAG